AUGGCAGGUCGCUUGGACUUCCUCUUUGAUGUUCCCGGCGACACCAUCUGCGUUCGAUCUCGCGAAUCAAAGCAAUCAGUGUACAUCACUGAGAGUUGCAAAAUGUCGGCCACUGUCCUGAUCUUUGCCAACCUCGUCAAGUACUUCCAGCGCGAACAUCCCCUUUAUGUUCUUCGUACUCGUGGCUUCGAGCCAGGUCAGCCUUUCUUUACGUCCAUGGACGAAAUAGUGUACACCUACGCUGCAGCAAUACAGAUGACUCGACCCACCGGUCCUUAUGCCAUUUCUGGUCAGAGUGACGAGUCAAACUCGUCGGUUUGA